AUGCUGCGUGCCUCUGCGCGGCCUUUACGCGUUGGCGUAUCGCCCAUAGUGCGUCAGCGUAUGCUGCCACUCCCUGCUAGGGCCUUGCCACAGCCUUUCCGUGCGUUGAGCACGGAAGGCGAGCGGCCCACUAGCAAGGCGUCCCACACCACCUUGCCGCCGACCAACAGCACAGGUCCAUUCAAUUUGCCAGCGGCGGCGCUGUUUAUUGCUACAGGUGUCGGUCUUUACUUCUACUUCCAGCAUGAAAAGGCCAAGAUGGCCGAGGCUAAGCAGAAGAAAAUGGAAGAGCAGGCGGCGAUCGGUCGUCCACGUAUCGGUGGUCCCUUCGAGCUGGUCUCUUCCACCGGCCACCCAUUCACAGAGAAGGAUCUGCUGGGUAGCUUCAGCUUGAUUUACUUUGGGUUUACCAACUGCCCUGACAUCUGCCCUGAAGAGCUCGAUAAGAUGUCGGCCGUCGUUGACGAGGUGGCAAAGACGCACGGCUACGUGAUCAACCCUGUCUUUAUUACUUGUGACCCGGCGCGAGACCGUGUGCCGAUGGUGGCUGAGUACAUUGCCGAUUUCCAUCCACGUAUGGUCGGUCUCACAGGCUCGUACGAAGCCGUGAAGGCGGCUUGCAAGGCAUUCCGUGUGUACUUCAGCACACCUCCUGGCGCGGACCCUUCGACGGACUACCUUGUGGACCACUCGAUUUUCUUUUACCUGAUGGAUCCUGAGGGCAAGUUUGUCGAUGCGUUCGGCAAGAGCUCGACGGAGGAAGAAGUGCGUGAUAAGGCCCUGGACUAUAUUCAGCGCUGGCGUGCGACCGGCCUCCCGCUGGAAGAGGCUAAUGCGAAGCACAAGGCGGCAACAGAUGGACGCGCUUUAUCCACGGACCAGGAACUCUUUUCCGAGCCGAGCUUGACACCGUCUGUCCCCCCGGCGGUCGUGCCUCAGGACCGCCUCAUUUAA